GUGAGUAUAGAGGAGGAGAGGGGGAAGGAGGGACCAGUGGGUAGGGGAGAAAGGAAAUAAUAAAUGGAAAAUUUCAGUGAAGGAGGAGGAAGAGGAGGAGGAAGAAAAGGAGAAGGAGGGGCUCAAGAGAACUAGAGUAAACUCUACCUCUAACCAUGGUCAGAGGGGCCAAAAGGAUGUAGAUGGGGAGGAGUGCGGAAGAGCUGCCUCUGGGAUUGUGAACCAAGCUGUUGACUGACUCACAAGUCCUUGGGAUUUAUUUAUUUGUUUAAAAGAAGCAGAGAGGGACUUGAGGAAGACUAGAGGGCUACAUACUUCAAAAGGUGCCUUCCUGGUCCAUAUUUGGAGGCCACCGAAACCAAAAAAUGUUGUCCUUCUUACUGCUUUCCGUGAUGGGUCUACACUGGGCGGCAUCUGACAGCCCACCAGGUAGAGAAGGCAUUGCCCUGCCAAAAGUAAUAGAGACCCUCUUUCAAGUCACUCAUCUUGGUCCCUGGGAGGAAAACCUCAAAUUUUCUAGCGUGUCUUGUGAGGAGCUGAAUAAGACAACAGAAACCACCUUGUUUCUAGUGAACAGAAGCCUUAAAAGCUUUCCUCACUGUCUGCCAAGGGCAUUACAAAGCUUAGACCUAAGCAGCAACUGGCUUAAGGAACUGAGAGAUCAGGACCUGAGGGAUCUCCCCAAUCUUCGGGUUCUUAUCUUGAGGAACAACCUGAUCCAAGAGCUUCACUGGGGAGGGACUCCUGUCUUAGAGAACCUUGAAACUCUGGAUCUAAGCUACAACAAGCUCUCAUCCAUGCCCACCUGCCAAACGAUGAUGUUGCAGAACCUGACAUGGCUAUCACUUGCGGGCAACCCUAUUCUGGAAAUCCAGCCCUGGACAUUUUCCUGCUUUCCAUCCCUUCAUUUUCUUAACUUGUCUGCUACCCUGUUGGGGAAAAAUGACCGAGAAGGAAUUAAAGAGUCAGCCUUUGCUCAAAGAAUAUUAAGUCAAUCUGGAGAAAAGAUGUAUACCAUGGAAGUAUUGGAUCUGAGUAGGACUUUUCUUCCAGAAAUUCAGCUAGGAUGGAUCAAGGACCUGCCAAACCUCAGGUCCCUCUACCUUAAGAAGAUGGCAAGACUGAAAAGUCUCGAUGGGCAAAUAUUCAAAGCUACAUCUAAUCUGAGAGUGCUGGAUUGUCAAGAUUCUCAAGCACUAAGUUCUGUGAAUACACAAAUAUUUGAAGACACUCCGCAUUUGCAAUCUCUUCUGCUCCAAAACUGCAACUUGAGUUCCUUCCAGCCUUGGACUCUGAAUUCCUCCCAAGUCAUUCUCAUCAGCUUGUAUGGCAACCCUUUAAGUUGCAGCUGCAAAUUGUCUUGGCUCCUCUCUAAUCCAGGGAAAAUGGUCCUGAGCAGGUCCGACGACACCGUGUGUACGCCAGCUGCGGACCCCGACGGUACAUUUUCACCAUCUCUUUCCCUCCCCCAGCUGUACAGUAAGUGUCAUUCUGAAAGACACACAGCCUUCAUCCCGUCUAGCCCCCUUUCCCUGGAAAGCAGCGCGGAUGGCAGCGUCUCUACCAAACCAUUAAGGGGAUUAAAUCCACCAGGGACACUGGCUUCUCUUGGUUUCCGCCAAGCAGAGCCCACACCACUCCCUGCUUUAGGGACUCCAGGCAUUACCAAGGACAAUUCUCUCCGACGCCAGGAAGCUACCUUGGAUCGGCCGUCCCUCACUCUGCCCACCCAAGGGGUCGGCAGCACGGCCGUCAUCCUCUCCACCAUCCCUCCUGGAGGUGCUGGUGACACGGUCCGUCCACCCAGGGCUGGAAGCGCAGCUCACCCACAGCUAAGGGGAGAAAGUGCUACUGGGAAAACCGCGCCCAACAGGUCUACCCCCAGAGCCAGCACCUCCGGAGCCACGUCAGGUUCCACCCCGUUCCCAGGGCAGCCACCCCGGAGCCCCUCCCUUCCCUCGGCCAGCACUUCUCAUCCGCGGAGUGCCUCGAGUCCCUCGGCAGUAGGGAUUCCCGUCUUCAUGCUGGAUGACUACAGUAGUGAGGAGGAAGAAGAGGAGGAGACGGACAAGCUGCAGGCAGAGGGCCUCUGCGAUUACCAUCCUUGCAGGCACCUCCAAACUCCAUGUGACGUGUUGCAGAAAUCAUCUCGUUGUCUAUGCCCCGGCCUCAGCGGCGAGGACGCCAUCCCCGACCCACCCAAGCUGCAGGAGGUGUCACAGACCACCGACACAUCGGCCCUUGUCCAUUGGUGCGCGCCCAAUUCGGUGGUGCGCAUGUACCAGCUUAUCUACCACCCUGAAGCCAGGGCAGAGAAGCAGACGGUGGUGAGAGAGAUCUACGCCCUCGCCAGGGAGCAUCCUCUGCACGGGCUCUCCCCGAGUACAACGUAUAAUGUGUGUGUGCUGGCGUCCAACAAAGCCGGUCUGAGUCUAACAAGAACCAGCGAAUGGAGGAAAGCGUGUGCCACAUUCACGACCAAGCCGAGUUUCUUAUUCAUUUUUGCAGGUCUGUGUGGCACCAGUGGACUGCUUUUGCUCAGCACCUUUGUACUGUCUGUGUGUCUUUAUAGAAAGUGCAAAACACGACAAGGGGAACAGUAUGAUACACAUCUUGUUUCCUACAAAAACCCAGCAUUUGACUAUCCAUUAAAACUUCAGACUUUAAGUCUUUAAAAGAAAUACCAAGAAGGCCUUUGGCCUUUGCCCAAAAGCUCACUCUAGGAGACUGGCACCUCUGAUCAUGUCAUAUCCAGACAGAGAUGGACGACGGUCUUGGGUUGGGGAUAAAUUUGUGAUCUCAUGACUUGUCAGCCGGCACUACUGACUUCUGCUUCCAGUGCUAAGGAAUACUAGGCGUUCUAGGCUUCCUGUCUGGCUACUCCACUCCUGGGUAUAUAUAGGUACACUAUGGGGAUGGGGAGGAAGAGUUUUAUGUGCAGAACUCCCAAGUAAUUGCAAGUCACUUUAUACAUGGUGUACAGGCAUUUCUCUCAAUGUCUAGAUUACAGUAACUACCCAUUAUGUAGUGCCUAAAGCUUGUAAAGGUGUUUACAGGCAUUCUCAUCUCUGGGUCUCUCAGCAGUCAUGUGCAGCAAGUACUCUAGCUUUUAGUAAAGCUCAUUGAAACUUGCUUUAACAAUUGGUAGUAGAUCUUUCCAAACUCGGUUUAUUCUCAGACAACCAACACAUUCCUUCCAUCUUGAGUCUUUCCUUUGGUAAAUUCACUUCAAUGUUUAUUGACUGUGUCUGCAAUAUGCAAUUUGGUGUAUUUGAUAAAUCCCUUGAAUUUUGCACAGGUUGGUGCACCUCAGUAUUUAACAUAAGGAUCAUGUAAAAUGAAGUCCUAAUGAGAACAAAGGAUUCUCACAUUGUAGCUUUACCUUCUCUAAGUGUCAGGUCCACCUAAGAUAUAAGUGAUGACAUGACAAUGAGCAAGGAAUUUGUCCAGGGGUUUUGGUAUUCUUCCUCUGAAGGUUGGAAUAUAAGGAGAUGAGUAUAUUUAGAACUUCUGGUUACAUUAGCUGGGGGGUAAACAGGAUUCUUGGCAUAUCAAUUUCACUUCCAUGGCUAAAAUAUACUACUCUCAAAAAUAAAACAAAACACCAGGAUCAACAACUUUCCAGUGACAAAAGGCAUGGAGGUCUCUACUGUUAAGCUGUAACUGGGGAAAGCAUUUUCAAUAUGAACUUCAGCCUAGAAGAUUCUAAAAGAUCUUAUCUCCUUGUGAAAAGUAGGAAAUAUGAACAUAUGGGUUUAGUGUAUGAAACAUGACCAAAUAAAUUCUUCCAAGUAUA